UUAGCGUCCCAUCUGUUUACGGUUGCUAGCUAAUGAAUAUAUCCCUAAUGUCAAGAGAGACGGACUUGUGAGGCUUUUUUUAAUGUUUAUAGUACGAUGAGAGAGGGUAAAUUCGCCUUUAAGUAUGUUAUCUUAGACUUGCAAUGUAGGAACAAGGUGAGAAUGACGGUUUUGACGUCCUCUGUUAAAACAACAACUAUUAGCAUGCCAGCUAGCACUAGCUUGUCUGCCUCAUUUUUUUUGGCAAUUAUAAUAAAUUGUUGCUGUGAUAAAAACGUGUAAACAUAUAUUCAAAAUAGACUGGAUUAUGGGUAACCAAAAGUAAUGCGUUAAAGUGGUUUCCGCUUUUUUUUUUUUUAGAAUACAUUGCAUUAGCAUUGCUAACGAGGACAGUAUGCAAUGUGUUUGCAGGAUUUGCUGAGCAUAAUUUGGAAUCAUCCAUCCAUUUUUUACCGUUUGUCCCUUACGGGGUCGCUGGAGCCGAGGCUUAAAGUGGUACAAACACGUCGGAUCCAAUGGAAUGCACCCAAUAGUAGAAACUGAUUGGAGUCAACAAAGGCUUCAAAAGCAGAACUAUAACCUUACAUAAGGAGAACACAUGUUUGCCUUCUAUGUGGGAUUUUAAAAAGUUGUAGAUACUCACAUGAGUUUCAAGGAGGAAGCCAAGAUGGGGGACAUCUUAGCCACUGAAGCCAGUCUGCUUGGGAUGAUCAAGGAGUACCUCAAGAUUGAACAGUUUGAUGAAACUGUUCAGAGUUUUGACAAGGAGUGCAAAAACAAAGGAAAACUGGUACCCAAGCCUCAAGGGAAUGCUCUGAGGGACUUAAAGACUCAUGUCACCCAGAAAGAUCUACUUAGCUCUUUUGAUAAUGGAGACUACAAUGUGUUCUUUGAGCUGUGGGCUGAAAUUAUUCCAUAUGAUGUAAACAACACAGAGGCCCUAAAGCUGGAGUUUUACCUCCACAUCCACUUUACCAUCUACCCACUGAGAAGUCACCCUGCCAGACAAGAUCGGGCAGAGUUUGAAAAGAGGAUUUCUAAUUUCAAGAAAUUUCUGGAUAUGCGAGGAGGAGCACUGAGCCAGAGCCCGGAGUUUCUGCCUUACUAUGCUUUGCCUUUUGUGUCCAACCCCAGUGCCCAUCUCUCCUUCAAGGAUCUCUUUAAGGAUUCCUGGAUACCAAAGUUAAAGAAUAAACUUGAGGAGUUUCUGUCCAAGGCACUUAAGCAUUCAAACUGUCCAAGGCUGCUGACGUUAUAUAAGGAGGGUGGAAAGAGAUCUAAAGAAGCCCUGCAGCAGCUCAAAUUUCAGCUGGAAGAGUCGGAGUGGCGCGCUUCCACUUACAAGCGGAAGUUCAACAAGAUGCAGGCUGACUACUACCAGCUGAUUACUAUCACUGCUGAGCUGGUUGACUCUUUGGAGGCCACCAUCAGCGGAAAAACGGUACUCUCCCCUGAGUACCUGCACAAUGUGUGUGUUCGCCUGUUCAGCAGGCAGAUGAGGCAAAGUGCGGUGCAGAUGACUGACUUUACCAGGCCUGGCAGUGGAUAUUACUCAAUGAGUCCCUAUGAUGAUGGCUAUGCGUCCUCAAUACUACGAGCAUCUAUUGCACCACAAACUAAAGAAGUGCCAAUGCUGCCCUCUUUGGAUUAUGUAAAGUUGAAAAAGGACCUGCAUAGAGGAACAGACCGCCUCAGGUCUCUGCUGCUUCAGGCGCUGCGCUGGAGACUAACUCGCUCACUUCCUGGUGAACAGAGAGACGCCAUACUUCAAGCAUAUAUAAGCAACGACCUGUUGGAACGCAACAGCACAAAGCAGAAAACGGUGCUUCAUUUACUGACUUCCAAGAAUGAGAUAGUGCGACAGUACAUGGCUCGCCUAAUCAAUGCGAUUUCCUCUAUUGCAGAUGGGCGGGUUUACCUCUCUCAAAUCCCAUAUAUUCCUAAAAUCUUGAUAAAAACACUCUCAACAGAGGCAAAGGACUCCUUGACCAGAGAGAAUGUACUAGUAUCUCUACAGAAACUCAGCCUGAGGAAGAACCAGCAGCUGGCCAUGAUCGAAAAUAAUCUGAUUGGCUGGCUAGUGGAUGAACUUGAUGACACAGACUCUCUGAGCGAUGACACCCUGGAGUAUUCUGCAGCUCUUCUUAUGAACUUGUGCCUGCGAUCAAAAGGAAUAAAGAAGUGUGCAGAAAACGCGCAACACGUGCUCAAGGUCCUCACUGACCUCCUUGGGCAUGACAACGAUGAGAUUCACAAAUACGUGAAUGGAGCCCUGUACAACAUCUUGUCCAAUCCGUCUGUGAGACAAGAAGCAAAAGAGAUGAGUGUGGAGGAGAUCCUUUGCUGCUACAGGAAAGAGGACAACCCAGCUCUUCACAGGCAAAUUGGCUUUGUCAUUAAACAGCUCAACUCAGCGGAAGGGCAAGAGUCGGAUGAUGACGAGGAUGAGGAUGAAAAUGAUGAGGAUGAAAAUGAUGAAGAUGUAAUGGGGUCAGACAUAGAUAAAGAGGAGGUCCUGCAUCCACAGCCCAGAGAGCUGUCUGGGGAAAGUUUGCUCAACACUGAAUACCUGGGUAUUAUUACUAACGUACCCAAACUGAAGAGGAAAUCGACUACACAGCCUCAACCAAGCAUUGACGAGCCCCUACAGCGGCCGGUGACCCCAGGCUCACAUCGUAAUAUAAAUGCAAUGGGAGAUUCGAUCUCUGCGUUUCAAAGUAAACCUAUCCUCGCCCGGACUCCUGAACCAGAACCCAUUCAAUCCCAGUCCGAACCCCGGCUGUGCACUGCGAGCUCUUCAAGCACGUGUUUUAUGGGAAGUCAGAAUGAAGCCCCCAACUCCACACCUCCUGUGUCCUCCUCCAGGCAGUGACUCGAAGCAGUGUUGAAGAGGGAGCUGUCACCACAGCGUAGCUCUAUCUUCCCCGGAGCAUCAGGCUUCCUGUAACAUCAUCCCUCCAGGUUUUGAUCAGGGUCAGGGUAACAGAGAGGGUCGAGAAUCGGCAGCGGGGGCAGAGGAGCUCGAACAAUGCAAAGGAUUGUGGUGCUGCAUUUUUUCUCGGCUGCAGCACAGACUUUUGUAACCCGAUAUGAGGUCAGACAAUAAUCGCGUCCCGCAGCCGGCCAACCGGGUGCUGUAUGUGGCCUCGUUUGGCCCACAAUUUCUCCGCACGCUCGCUCUCUCAACGAGGUCACACUUGGCACACCUGGAUAUGUGCAACAUCCUGCUGCCAUUACAGGUCACAAGACAAAGCUUUUUUUCGGAUGCAUACCAUUUUUUUUUUCAAGCUGAUCCCGAUACAGAUAAUUCCCUGGUCCUUAAGACCAACACUUAAUUUAUAUCCAUAUUUUUCUUCUGCUGUAGUUUCUGCAAAGCUUUGUUUGUGGCUGGGUUUGGGCCCGUUUCUUAAGCAGCAGGUAUCUUCAUAGGUUGUCAAAACACAGUUGUCGCAAUGAUGCCGGGUCAGGUGGUAAUGUUCGAUGAUUGUCUCAAGAACAUUUGGUGCAAAUAGCACGCAAAAGAUCUUCCUCUGAGACAGUAAAGUCCCACACGAUCGACACCAUAAUUGUUUACAGUGAGCUCUAGAAGUUUACGACAGGCUCCUUCCAGCGCAGGAGAAAAGGAGCGCUUGAUUUGCUCACCCUAACCUACUCAUAGCACAGUACGGGUAAUCUCGCCCCAUUGAAGCGUUUUAAAUCGGAUUUAUCGGUAUGAUGUCAUAAUGUCUCACUCAUAUGGGCCCAAUAAUUAUGUCACACAUUUGUCAUGCACCCUUUCUUUUUUAAAAAAUGGAUCUACUAAUUAUUGUGAUGUUUACUGGACGUUUCCAAAUGAAUACAUAAUCCUAAAUUUAAGAUCAUGAGAUUUCAUUUUAGGAUGUUUUAUUCAAACAGCAUAUAUUAGUGAUCCUUAGGUGGACACAAAUGCUUGCAAAUGUAUAGUUUGUAAGUGGAUAUUAAUAGGAUAUAAAAUAUAUGAUGCAAGAAGCUUGAGCUCAACAGUUAUAUUCCUAUGUCUUUUGCUAGUGCGCUCAUAUAUCUCUUAAAGGGGACAUAAUAUUGAUUAUUUUCUACAUUCAAAACACUUCAUUGUGGUCUACAUAACAUGUAAUGGUAGUUCUUUGGUCAAGAUUUUGCAUAGAUUAUGUUUUAGAGCAGUGGUUCUUAACCUGGGUUCGAUCGAACCCUAGGGGUUCGGUGAGUCGGCCUCAAGGGUUCGGCGGAGGUAAAAACACACCCGACUCAUCGUGUAAAUACAAACUUCUCCCUAUCAGCGUAUUACGGAUACGGCAACAGCUGACUGAUUUGCAGGUGUGUAAUUUGUUGUGAGUUUAUGCACUAUGUUGGUUUUGUUGUUUGAACAAGUUGAUGUUCAUGCACGGUUCAUUUUGUGCACCAGUAAAAAAACAUGGUAACACUUUAGUAUGGGGAACAUAUUCACCAUUAAUUAGUUGUUUGUUAAAAUGCAAAUUAGUAACAUAUUGGCUCUUAAUUAGUCAUUAUUAAGUACUUAUUAACGCCUUAUUCGGCAUGGCCUUAUUAUAACCCUAACCCUCUAACCCUGACCCUAACCCUAACCAAAUAACUCUAAAUUAAGUCUUUAUUACUAAGAAUAUGUUCCCCUAGUGUCCAAAUAACUCUAAAUUAAGUCUUUGUUACUUAUAAUAUGUUCCCCUAGUGUCCAAAUAACUCUAAAUUAAGUCUUAGUUACUUAGAAUAUGUUCCCUUAGUGUCCAAAUAACUCUAAAUUAAGUCUUUGUUACUUAGAAUAUGUUCCCCUAGUGUCCAAAUAACUCUAAAUUUAGUCUUUGUUACUUAGAAUAUGUUCCCCUAGUGUCCAAAUAACUCUAAAUUAAGUCUUUGUUACUUAUAAUAUAUUCCCCUAGUGUCCAAAUAACUCUAAAUUUAGUCUUUGUUACUUAGAAUAUGUUCCCCUAGUGUCCAAAUAACUCUAAAUUUAGUCUUUGUUACUUAGAAUAUGUUCCCUUAGUGUCCAAAUAACUCUAAAUUUAGUCUUUGUUACUUAGAAUAUGUUCUCCGAGUGUCCAAAUACACUACCGUUAAAAAGUUUGGGGUCACACAAACAAUUUUGUGGAAUAGCCUUCAUUUCUAAGAACAAGAAUAGACUGUCGAGUUUCAGAUGAAAGUUCUCUUUUUCUGGCUAUUUUGAGCGUUUUAAUUGACCCCACAAAUGUGAUGCUCCAGAAACUCAAUCUGCUCAAAGGAAGGUCAGUUUUGUAGCUUCUGUAACGAGCUAAACUGUUUUCAGAUGUGUGAACAUGAUUGCACAAGGGUUUUCUAAUCAUCAAUUAGCCUUCUGAGCCAAUGAGCAAACACAUUGUACCAUUAGAACACUGGCGUGAUAGUUGCUGGAAAUGGGCCUCUAUACACCUAUGUAGAUAUUGCACCAAAAACCAGACAUUUGCAGCUAGAAUAGUCAUUUACCACAUUAGCAAUGUAUAGAGUGUAUUUCUUUAAAGUUAAGACUAGUUUAAAGUUAUCUUCAUUGAAAAGUACAGUGCUUUUCCUUCAAAAAUAAGGACAUUUCAAUGUGACCCCAAACUUUUGAACGGUAGUGUAACUCUAAAUUUAAUCUUUGUUACUUAGAAUAUGUUCGGUGAAUGCGCAUAUGAAACUGGUGGGGUUCGGUACCUCCAACAAGGUUAAGAACCACUGUUUUAGAGACUGUCUUCAAACCGCCUGGUGGAGCCAUGUUCUCUAGGUGCUUGAGUGGCGCUGUGGAGCCAGAAGCCAAGGACAUUUAGGUGCGCACUGAUUGCACCAGAGACUUAUUGUUUUUGCAGGCUGACGGCAGUGUGAGUUUGUAUUAUAAGAAUUUAUGCUUUGUUUGAGAAUAAAUUAAAAUGGACUUUCGUAUCACAAAUGAACUUUGUUUAUUCUUUUAUUUAAAGUUAAAGGUAAAAGUUAAAGUACCAAUGUUUGUCACACACACACACUAGGUGUGGUGAGAUUAUCUUCUGCAUUUGACCCAUCACCCUCACCCCCUGGGAGGUGAGGGGAGCAGUGGGCAGCAGCGGUGGCCGUGCCCGGGAAUAAUUUUUGGUGACUUAAUGGUACAAGUUUGUUAUCAGAAGAAAAGCCUGCCGAAAGCUGCGAGUGCAUUAACGAAAGUGCGUCUCCACGUCUUAUUUACGUGGCUUCACUUUGACAGUGUCUUCUCCCCGCCAUCUUUUUUGUAGUCUUAGCGCUUCCAUAGCGAGUCUACUGACAGAUUAGGUUCAAACCAAAUGCUACUUUAUAUUAGAAAUGGCAACAGGGGAGGAUGCAUGUGCAUGUACGAGCCAGUCUGCCCCACAACAAGAGAAUAGAGGAAAAGAAGGAGCUUAUUGACUGCAGCAUUGGACAUUAAUGGCGGACGCGCGAAAAGGGAACUUUAAGUUGUCGUAUUGUCUUAUUUAUCAAUCCACGCUAUCAUGUAUAUACAACAUCUGGCAAAAAACUUGAAAUUGUAUGAAUGUUUUAAAGUAUCAUUCUUUACAUUGUACAUUUGCACUGUUCAGAUAUAUGUAUGUUUUUUGUUUUGUAUACUGUUAUAAAUGAUGUCAUAUCUCAGUGACCAUUGCAUUGUUGGGGGUCGUUAUGUUGG